ACGUCACAAAUUCUUAUCCAUAAUUCCCCAAUUAGCCCUCUCUGCGCCGCUGUGAGAAAGAUAUUACAUUUUCCAACUUUAGGGUUUUCCAAUUGCCCUUAAAAUUCAUCAAAUUUACGCUCUUAUACUCUUCAUCUUGUUCUUCAUCUAUUAGGUAGUAAUUUUUGUAUAAUUUACAUAUUUAUCUAUUAUAGCUCAGCUGUUAAUUAAUCCAUUUUUGGGUCCUAAUUAGAUCUCUACAGCAACUAAAUAGCUAAAGCAGCAUAUCUCAGGUAUUCAAUUUGGAGUGAUAUGUGGAUCCUCAGUUACCCAUUUGGAAAACUUGGCAAAGCAGACGGAGUAAUUGUUUGGGUUUAGCAACAAGGUCGAAGCUUUUUAGAUGCGUCUAGAGUUAUGGGGGAUCAAGUAUUGGAAUCAGUACAUGAUAUAUUAGGAUCGGGACCCGAUUCGAAUGGUCAGCACGUUACGGAAGUACCCGGUUCAAAUGGGGUGUUGAUUGACCAGCCUUUAGCAAUUGGGCAAGAGUUCCCGGAUGUUGAUACUUGUAGAAGGACUUUGAAAGAGAUAGCAAUAGCAUUGCAUUUUGAAAUUCGAAUAGUAAAAUCAGAUAGGAGUAGAUUCAUAGCUAAGUGCUCCAAAGAGGGUUGUCCGUGGCGUGUUCAUGUGGCAAAAUGCCCAGGUGUUCCUACAUUUACGAUAAGGACCCUUCAUGGUGAGCAUACCUGUGAGGGGGUUCAGAACCUUCACCAUCAGCAAGCAUCAGUGGGUUGGGUUGCAAGAUCAGUUGAAUCACGGGUGAGGGAUAACCCUCAGUAUAAACCAAAGGAGAUUUUGCAAGAUAUUCGAAGUCAGCAUGGAGUUGCUGUGUCUUAUAUGCAAGCAUGGCGAGGAAAGGAGCGUAGCAUGGCUGCUUUACAUGGAACCUUUGAAGAAGGUUAUCAGCUUCUUCCUGCAUAUUGUGAACAGAUAAGGAAAACUAAUCCAGGGAGCGUUGCAUCAGUUGCCACGGGACAGGAGAAUUGUUUCCAACGAUUGUUUGUCUCAUAUCGUGCAGCAAUUUAUGGAUUUUUAAAUGCUUGUCGGCCACUUUUGGAACUUGAUAGAGUUCAUUUAAAAGGAAAGUACCUGGGUAUGUUAUUUUGUGCGGCAGCUGUAGAUGCCAAUGAUACUUUGUUUCCUUUGGCAAUUGCUGUUGUUGAUGUGGAAAGUGAUGAGAAUUGGAUGUGGUUUAUGUCGGAGCUCCGGAAACUUCUGGGUGUAAAUACAGACAGUAUGCCAAGACUUACUAUACUUUCUGAGAGAUCAGCUGGUAUGGUUGAGGCAGUCGAGACUCACUUUCCAAAUGCAUUUCAUGGUUAUUGCCUACGUUAUAUCAGUGAGAAUUUUCGAGAUACAUUUAAGAACUCGAAACUAGUGAACAUUUUCUGGAAUGCUGUGUAUGCACUAACCACGGCUGAAUUUGAGAGCAAAGUUUCUGAGAUGGUAGAAAUUUCACAAGAUGUGCUACAAUGGUUUCAUCAUUUCAGUCCGCGGCAUUGGGCUGUUGCAUAUUUUGAAGGAUUACGAUAUGGUCAUUUUUCAUUGGGGAUCACAGAAGUGUUGUAUAACUGGGCACUAGAGUGUCAUGAACUUCCUGUUGUGCAGAUGAUGGAGCAUAUCCGCCAGCAAAUAACAUCAUGGUCUCACGAUCGCCGAGACAUGGGCAUGAGGUGGACAUCGAUACUCGUGCCGUCUGCUGAAAAGAGGAUUGCAGAAGCAGUUGCUGAUGCUCGAUGCUAUAAGGUUCUACGAGCAAAUGAAAUUGAAUUUGAGAUCGUAUCAACUGAGAGGACGAAUAUUGUGGACAUACGAAGUCGUGUGUGCUCAUGUCGCCGUUGGCAACUAUAUGGUGUACCCUGUGCACAUGCUGCUGCUGCACUUAUCUCUUGUGGGCAGAAUGCUCAGUUAUUUGCUGAACCUUGUUUCACGGUCCACAGUUAUCGUGAAACCUACUCACAGAUGAUAAAUCCAAUUCCUGAUAGGAGCAUGUGGAGAGAAACUGGUGAAGGUACAGAAGGUGGCAGAGCAAACGUUGAUAUUAUGAUUCGGCCACCGAAAACCCGACGUCCUCCUGGCAGGCCCAAAAAGAAGGUUCUUCGCAUAGAGAGUUUAAAGCGUCCAAAGAGAGUCGUUCAAUGUGGUCGCUGCCAUAUGUUGGGACAUUCUCAGAAAAAAUGUUCUUUGCCUAGUUAAUCCUUAGUUAGUUGUCACUUUUCUUUGUUCAUCAGAAAUUUUCUUAGAAGAGUCUUAAAGCUGUAUGUAUUUAUUAACGGCUUAGUCAUGAGAUUGUUACUUGGUCUUUGCUUAUCAGUUCACUAGUUGUCCUUGAAUAUACUAUGUAAGGAACAUGUUGUGUACCUUGUAUUUUAUAACUAUAUAGCUAAUAGAGUUUUCGUCGAAUUGUAUCAAAGAAAGCCUUUUUCA